CACUGCACUCCUGGAGAUAGUUCCGCUUCCUCAUCUCUCGGAGCAAUUCUUCUACGUGCUUGUAUUCGUCCAUCGGACCUGUCCACUGGAAGGCGAUCGCAGCAUGUCGCGGAGGAACGAUACUUUCAUCUCGCUAGGAGAAAAGAAGCAGCUCUGCCAUGCCCAAGACGCGAACGAAGAUUGGACGGGCAAGGCAUCAGCAAAAGAGAGGAGGAAGUUGCAGAAUAGAUUACAUCAAAGAGCAUGGAGACGACGCAAAGCCCAAGAGGCUACCCACCAUCCUCCAGACCCACACCCAUCCAAUGAACCCCAAUCCCUCACCGACGCAUUCAUCCGAGCAUCCGCAGCCUUUCUUCCCCCUCCACCCAAGGAUUCAACCCCCACAUCUUUCACAAACUCAAUCCAAGAUCUUAUGCGUAGCGGCGUCUACGCUACCCCUCCCUUCCUCUCUUUGCUCCACUAUAACCUUAACAAGCCCUCGCUUCCCUGGCCUACAUGCGCCGAACCGCACAAACCCAUGCUCUUCACCCCCAUAAUACCCUACCUCGACGCCUCCGGCAAAGACAUUAGCUUCACCACAGACAAAGAGGCCUAUCCCCCGUUCCACCCCUCUCUCUUCCCCCUCACGCCAGACCACUACCUCAUCACGCUCAUCCAAUACAACACCCUCCGUGGCGUCCUCACCAACCUCCUCCUCGUACGCAUCCACCUCGACCCAGAGUGCCAAAACGCGCUCCGCAUCCCGCUCCUCCACACACCCCCCUCAACGCCUCCACCCACCUUCCGCCUGACCCCCAUCCAGAAGUCCAUAAAGCACGACGGCUGGAUCGACUCAGUCCCCUGCCCCACACUGCGCGACAACCUCAUCCUCGCCUCCGCCUCCUCGCCCCCAACACUCAACCAGGACGAAAUGUGCGACGACAUCUGCGGCGGGCUGUACGACGGCUUCGACCACGUCGAGUCGCGCGGCCUGCUGGUCUGGGGCGAUCCGUGGCUGGUCCGCAGCUGGGAGAUCUCUCCCGGGUUCGCGAAGAAGUGGGCGUUCCUUCUCGCGGGGUGUGGGGAGAUGGUGAGCGCGACGAACACGUGGCGGGAGAGUAGAGGGGAGGAGCCGCUUGUUGUGGAAGUCUGAGUUGGAGCUGGGGUGUAGCGGUGUCGUAUUACGAUAC